AUGCAUCCUAAGGAAACCAUUCAAGAUAUGCUAACCCAUUUUACUAACAUCAUAAAUGAGUUGGUUUCCCUUGGUAGACAGAUUCCUACAUAUGAGCAGGUUAGGAAGGUUCUUAGAAGUCUUCCACAAGAUGAGAGAUGGAGAGAUAAGGUGACAACCCUUCAGGAAACGAAGGACUUUACAAAAUUCAAUAUUGAACAACUAGCAGGUUCUCUCAUGACUCAUGAGCUACACCUUGGAGUCAACAAUGAACCCAUGAGGAACAAGGGAUUGGCUCUUAAGGCUGAUGUGGAGGAAGACUCAGAAGUGGACGAGGAUGAGGCUGCCCUAAUUGUGCGAAGAUUCAAAAAGAUGUUCAAGAAAGGCCGAACCUCAAGGAACUUCGGGAAAAAGACCUCAAAUACAAAGCCUGACUACAGCUGCCACAAGUGUGGAUCCCCAGAUCACUUUAUCAGAGACUGUCCCCUUUGGGAAAAUGAUAAAGGGAAAGGAAAGGCUAAGGAACAGGGAAGAGAAAAAUUCAGCAAAGCAAACUAUCAAAAUUCAGACAUGAGGAAGGCUUACCUUGAGGAACUUCAAAAAGAGGUAUUUCUUGAUCCUAAACAGCUUAAAACUCUCUCUAAAGAUGUCUUGAUAGAUAUAUGUCUAGAAGAAGAAGAAUUCUUUAGAGAUACAUGUGUGAAGUUGAAUAAAUGUGAAAAAGCUCUUAAGGUUUGCAGAGAACAUGAUACCUGGUUGGAAACAGCCUAUGCCAAGUCUCAAAGCAAACUAAGAGAGCUUGAUUUUAAAUACAAACACAUAACUGAGAUAGCUGAUAUAAUUAAGAAUGAAAGUAUUCUCCUCAAUGUUGAAUUAACUCAGUAUAAGCUUAUAAAUUCUGAUAUCAGUUCUAGCAGUUCCUCAAGCGAUCAGUUGCUUAAAUUCAAUGUUGAUUUUGAAAAUUUGAAAAAUGAGCUUUCUACUUUAAAAACCCAAAAGGAUCAACUUGAAUCGGAACUGAAUGCUAGAAAGGAUAGAAGUAUUGACCCAAAAGUCAUACCUAAGUGGAUAGCCGAAGCUCAAGGAAAAAGAACUGAAGGCCUUGGUUAUAUGACAAAGAAGAAAGGUCCUAGUGAGGGGAACAACUCUUGGUAUCUCGACAGCGGUUGUUCAAAGCAUAUGACAAGUGAUAAAUCAAAAUUCCUCUCACUAGAAGACUACCCUGGAGGAACAGUAACCUUUGGGAAUAAUAAGAAGGGCGAGAUCAUUGGAAAAGGCAAAAUUGGAAGAUCUAAAUCUCAUUCCAUUGAUAAUGUGUUCCUGGUCGAGGGCUUAAUGCACAAUUUUCUCAGUAUAUCACAAUUCUGUGAUAAAGGAAACUUUGUAAGUUUUACUUCGGAUUCUUGCAACAUCAUCAACAACAAGUCAGGAAAGGUUGUUCUAGAAGGAACAAGAAGAGGGAACACUUAUACAGUUGACCUCAACUUAAUCCCAAGGAACGACCUUACAUGUCUGAGUAUUGUUGAAGAUGAUCCCCUGCUAUGGCAUAAACGUUUUGGACAUGCUAGCUUUUCAUUACUAGAAAAGCUGAGGGCAAGGAACUUGGUUGUAGGACUUCCUAUUAUCAAGUUCCUACAGAACAAAGUUUGUGAUGCAUGUGUGAAAGGCAAGCAUGUUCGCUCAUCUUUUAAAUUGAAGAAAAUGAAAAUACAGAAAAUCAGUGGUCACUUCAUAGUCCAUCUCAAAUCAGAUCACAGAACUGAAUUUGAGAACUCUAGAUUCGAUGAGUUUUGCAGGGAAAAUGGCAUGAACCAUAACUUCUCAGCUCCAAGGACUCCCCAACAAAAUGGAGUUGUAGAAAGGAAGAAUCGAACCCUUGAGGAAAUGGCUAGAACGAUGCUGAUUGCAAGUGGAUUGCCAAGGAACUUCUGGGCUAAAGCCGUGAAUACAGCAUGUUACAUCCUUAACAGGGUAACAAUCAGAAGUAUCAUCAACAAGACUCCCUAUGAACUAUUCAGGGGAAGGAAGCCAAACAUAUCUCAUCUUAAAGCCUUUGGUUGUAAGUGCUUUGUACAUAACAAUGGUAAGAAAAACCUAGGGAAAUUUGAUGAAAGAAGUGAAGAGGCUAUAUUUCUAGGAUAUGCCUCUGAUAGCAAAGCUUAUAGAGUCUACAAUAAAAGCUCAAUGUGUGUUGAGGAAAGCAUUCAUAUAAUCUUUGAUGAAGUUAACCAGUUUGUGAGUGUACAGGAACAAGAAGAUGAUAAUGAUUUUGAAAUUGUAUUGAUAAGAGACAGGGAUGAAGAGGAGACUCAAAAGCAAACCAAGGAAAAGCAGCCUGCUCCAGAAGAGGAACAUCUAGAAAAUGGAGAGGUUCCUCAACCAGAUGAACAGGUGAAUGAGGAACAAGAAGAAGAAGCAGAAGGAACAGAAAUAGAAGCUCCUCAAAUUGGAGUUCCAGCAAGGGAAUUCCAACCCAGGCCAUUCAGGUAUCGAGGUUCCCAUCAAACUGAUCUAAUUAUCAGUGAUAUAGGAAAAGGAACUCAAAACAAGAUCACAAAUGAGGAACUACUGCGCAUUCCAUGCAUUUCUGUCCAUUCUAGAGCCAAGAAAUCAUCAAGAAGCCUUGGGAGAUGUUGA